UGGGUGCAAAAAAAUGGAACUUUCAGUACUCUGUAGUGGUGCGAGGGAUGUCUUUUAAGUUUUGCAUAUGGAAAUAAAACAACACGAAUGUUGGGCGCUGAAGGAAGUUCAGAUUACUGUCCCACCAUUAGCGAGAUCCGGUGAUACAGUCACCUUACGCUGUGAGUACGACCUUGAAGAAGUUGCGCUGUACUCCAUCAAAUGGUACAGGGGAGACGAAGAGUUUUACAGAUACAUUCCUAAGGAAUCUCCGCCGUUUAGAGCUUUCCCUGUUAAUCACGUCAAUGUUGACGUAAGUAUGUACAUACAGUUUACUCGUAUGUAUGGUUCUGGAACUGUAAACUGUAAAGGCUAAC